AUGGAUUUUGAGGUUAUUCCGGGUCUGCCCGAUGAAAUCGGGUGGGAGUGCUUAGUGAGAGCAGAGCAGACAUCGCAUGCGGCCAUGAGGUUGGUGCGCAAGAGCUGGCAAGAGCUCAUAGCGAGCCCUGACUCCUACAAAUGCAGGAAAGCAACAGGUAAAACUCAAAAGUAUGCAUGCCUGGUCCGGUCCCUAACAUCCCCAAGCCUUCGAGGCGCCAAGCAAGAGGUGCAGCGGCCCCUGGCCUAUGGCCUCACUCUCUUCGAGCCCCGGACUCGGCAAUGGACGCGGGUGCCGCCAAUCCCUGCUUACCCUGAUGGCCUGCCCCUGUUUUGCUAGUGUGUUUCCAUGGGAACAGAGUUGAUUGUCAUUGGGGGCUGGGAGCCAACCACCUGGGAGCCUACAUGCCGAGUUUUCCUGUACAAUUUCUCGAGGGGAGCAUGGCGCGAGGGGCAGCCAAUGAGAGGGCUAAGAUCGCUUUUCGCAGCUGCGGCGAUCGAUAGGCGGGUUUAUGUGGCCGGAGGACACGACAGGAAUAAGAAUGCAGUUGCGACAGGGGAAGUUAACAACGUGGAUAGAGACGAGUGGGAGGGGUUGCCUGAGAUGGAGGCGACAAGGGAUGAGUGCGAGGGGUUGGCAGUUGGGGACGAGUUUUGGGUCGUUACCCGACAGAGGCACAAGGCCAGUUUGACGGCGGUGGUCAGGCAUUCAAUCCGAUAUCAGGAAGAUGGCGACCAGUGGAGAGCGUGUGGCGUGAAGGGAAGUGCCAGAAAGGAAGCCUCAUGUUGGCUGAGGGGAGAUUGGGGUGGUGGGGGGAGGCGGGCAUUGAUGGGUUGA